CGCCUUGUCAUGUCAAGAUGGAAGGCAGGAGCGACUGGCUCGCCUCGUCGUCCCGCCACGAGGGCUUCGAGCAGAUGAGGCUGAAGAGCCGACCCCGCGAGCCGUCGCCCAGCCUCACCCGGGUGGGCUCCAACUUCUACAGCUCCGUCAAGCAGCAGGACUACAGUGCCAGCGUCUGGCUGAGGAGGAAAGACAAAUUGGAGCAUUCCCAGCAGAAAUGCAUUGUGAUUUUUGCACUGGUUUGCUGCUUUGCAAUUCUCGUUGCACUGAUAUUUUCGGCUGUGGAUAUUGUUGGAGAAGAUGAGGAUGGUCUUUCAGAAAAGAACUGUCGAAAUAACUGUCGGGUUGCUCUUGUGGAAAAUAUUCCUGAAGGCAUAAACUAUUCAGACAGCGCACCAGCCCAUUUGUCUCUUUUCCAAGGCUGGAUGAAUUUACUUAAUAUGGCUAAAAAGUCUGUUGACAUAGUAUCUUCCCAAUGGGACCUCAGUCACAGUCAUCCAUCUGCAUUCCAGGGGCAGCAUCUGUUUGAGAAAUUGCAAGACCUGUUGUCUCAAAAUGUAGAGAUCAAACUAGUGAGUGAUAUUCUUCACAAGGAAUCCAAAUUAUUAAAUGACCUGAAAAACAAGGGUGCUGAAGUGAUUUUUAUAAACAUGACGGCUUACAAUGAUGGCCAUCUGCAGACAUCAUUCUGGAUUGUGGAUAGGCAGCAUGUAUACAUUGGAAGUGCCAGUUUAGAAUGGAAGUCACUGGGGCAGAUGAAAGAGCUUGGAGUCAUUGUAUACAACUGCAGCUGCCUGGUGUUAGAUUUACAAAAGAUAUUUGCCUUGUACAGCUCACUAAAAUCCAAGAGCAAAAUCCCACCUCUUUGGUCUAAGAGACUGUAUGCAGUAUAUGGCACUGAAAAUAAACUGGCCCUUGAGUUGAAUGAAACCAAAUCAGAAGUCUUUGUUUCGAAUUCUCCCAAACUGCUAAGCCCUAAGGACAGGGUUUUGGAUGUUGAUGCUAUCUAUAGUGUUGUUGAUAAUGCACAGCAAUUUGUGUACAUAGCUGUUAUGGAUUAUCUGCCUAUUAUCAACAUCACAAAUCAAACAAGGUAUUGGCCAUAUUUGGAUGGAAAGAUAAGAGAAGCUCUGAUUUUACGCAAUAUUAAAGUACGACUCCUCAUAAGUUUAUCAAAAGACACAAAUCCACUCACAUUUAACUUUGUUUCAUCUCUUAAAGCAAUUUGCACCGAAGUUUCUGGCUGUAGGUUAAAAGUUAAAUUCUUUGACCUUGAAGAAGAAAGUGCUUGUUAUUUAAAGGAACAGAAGAACUCUUCUCUUCCUAAACUAAAUCGCAACAAAUAUGUGGUGACUGACACAGCAGCUUAUAUUGGUAAUUUUGACUGGGUUGGGACCUAUUUUAACCGUAAUGCUGGAGCUGGCCUUGUCAUCAACCAAACAGACACAGGAAACAAGACCAGUCUCAUCAAGCAACUGAAAGCUGUGUUUGAAAGGGAUUGGUAUUCAAAUUAUGCUAAAAGUUCGACCACAAAACUUCCAAACUGUUUAAGCUUCAAACAUAACAAAGCAGCAGCAAAUAAGACUGCCCAAAGCAAUGUGAAUUGAAGCCUAUUUUGCUGUUCACUGCAACUAAUGGAGAAAUAGAAUGGGACUGAUACUGAUCUCCCCUUUCGUAUUUACAGACAAUAGACUUUUUAAACAAAGCAAAAGAAAAUUUAUAGGAAAAAGCACACUUAUAUAAAAUGUUCUUUAAACUAUAUUCUCUAUACUGAAUUAUUUACAAAUAUUAGAUUUGUUACUGCUGAAACUGAAUGUCAUUUCUGCUUUAUUGUUGGUCUGGAGGUAUCACAUUUAAAUUUAAAAAGCAUGCUUUGAUACUUUGGUUUUAGAGUUAUUCCUACCUCUCUUUUCUGAUUAGCAUAAACAAGGCAAGUUUUAUUACUAAACAAAAUUCUUAGAUUGGUUGAUAUUAAAGUACAGAUUUUACCCAAAGGAAAAGAUACAGGUAUAAGCAAGCUCUUUAUGAUAUAUCUCCAGUAUGUGAUCAUCCUGAAGCAUUUUUUGUUUCAGCAUUAUUGACCUGAUUUAUCCCAUUAUGCCCAGUCCAAAUGUAUUAAAAUUUAUCUAUUUUCUUGCUUUGCUCUAAUCAUGAUGCAAAGGGCACAGCUGAAUCAACUUUAACUGUUCAGUCAAUGGGAUACUAGUCCAACUAACUCCGAUUUCUGAAAAAUAUUUUAUUAUGAUUCUCUUGCUUCAUCACUGUAAGUAGGUAUUUUAAAAAUAUUUUUUGUUUUGUUUUGUUUUUUACAUUGGGCAGCAAUAGUGUGUAUGUAAUUUUCUUCUCCAAAGUAGCAUAUUUGUCAAUUUGGGAGUAAUGAUUACCAUUCGACUAAAGUAAACAUGUAACUUUGUUUCUGUAGAACUAAUAUGUACCAGCAUUCCUUUGGCUAACCUGCUUUGUUUUUCAUGAAAUAGGGCAUUACCCAGCAUAAGCACAGAGCCCAUGCAUGGAGGCUUCCCAAAGGUCUUGACAGAGUCCUGUUUCCAGGCCUCUCUUCCUACCCUGGCAGUGCAACAGAUCAUAAGAGAGAACGAGACAUUUGAGCAUGUCUCCAUUCUCCCUGUUACUUCUGCUCUCUCUGCCUAUUGCAAAUUACUUAAGUUUGGAGCAUAAGUAAUCUGCAUGGUGCGGAUGAUGGAUUGCUGGACAGAGAUAUGAGAAACAUGCACAGACCUCCAUUUCUCCUAGUGUCAAGCUGCCUUUGUACAUACUCAUCUGCACACAUAGGUAGCUGGUAGAAGGUGUUGCAAUCGUAGUGCAAAUGGACUGUGCUCAUGUUGUUUUGACGCACAUCUGAAAUGUCAGCUUUUGAAAAAAGCUUUUAAUGGGAUACUGAUUGAAAUCAAUUUGAUUAAACAGAUAUUGCCUACA